AGGCCCAAAGGCCCAAUCAGCGUCUCCACCUAGCAGCCACGGCCAACGCACUGCUCAGAAGCACGCCGCGCCGCCCCCUGCCUGGCGCCGGCCCUGCUCCGGCCUAUCCCCCGCCCCCGCCUCUGCCCAUCUCCGACCCGGUCGUCGCCGAUCUUUCUCCUGGACGCACGGGCCGCCUCGGCUCUCCACGCGCGCAGUGGGCCGCCUCGAUCCUGCCCCGGACGCGUAGGCGUACGCCGCCCAUUCUCGACCUCUGUUCCUCGCCGACCGACAACUUCCUCUCCCCGUGAGCUGCACCUGUAUCUAAAAAAAUUCUACAUGGGGAAGAAGCCGGGCAACGCUGGCCCUUCCUCGGCAUCCAGGCCCAUGAACCAGGCCGUGUCGCUCCGGGAGGAGACCUCUGGGAAGACGCAGGCCGACCCGCCCUCCCUGCUGAGGGUCCAGCACCUGCAGCGGUUGGGGGCGUGGGCGAGCGGGGAGGUGGGAGUUGGCUCGAUCGGGGCCCUGCUAGGCCGCCGCCUCGCCACGAAUGCCGAGGCGGCCGGGAUCCCUAUAGGCGCCUCCACCUUUCUUUGCCAGAGGUGUGAAUCAAUCUUGCAGCCAGGCUUCAACUGCACAAUCCGCAUAAAGAACAACAAAAAGAAUGGAAAGCGGCGCAAGAAGUCAAAUCCUGGCCAAAACAGUGUUGUCUAUGCAUGCCAUUUCUGUGGAGACGAAAACCUGAUACGGGGUAGUGGAAAGGGUAUCGUGAAGGGCCUGUUGUCAUCAAGAAAACCCGUUAGCACCAGCAUAAUGUUGAAAGGAGUCAAUAUGCCAACAGUAAUAACUACUAAAAAGGGGAUUGAGCAUUCUGUAACAGCAGCCUCGCAACUGGAAUCAUCCAGGUUGAAAACAUCCACUAUUGAAAAGGAUAAACAAGGUAAUGUGCCAAAAUCUAAUCUUCCUGGAGAAUCUAAAAUGGAGAAGAAAGGGGGAGUUUCCUCAAUGGUGGAUUGUGGUCUGUUAGGAGAUAAAUGUAUGAAUGGAAUUGAGCCCGCGGCUUCCAAAAAUACUACAACAUGUGAACCUGAUGUCACUUCCCAAGCAGAAUUUCUAGUUGGGUCAAACUUUGUUACUCCUCGGAAGAGCAAACUGGUGGACGUGACUGCGCCUAUAGCUUCAGAAGAACCAUUGAAGACUAAAAGUACACUGAACAGCAAAGGACAGAAUUGUGGUUCCGUUGCUGGGAAGACCCCUGGAAGUUAUAGCAAGUCAGCUUCGAAUACCAAAUCUGCACCAGGUGAUUCUAGUCAGCCAGCUGGUAGUUUAAGGAAGCGGAAAAGAAAAGGGUGGACUACACUGAAGCAGAUCGCUGAGAAGGAAGAGCUUGAGAGAAAACAGAAGAUGGAUAACUUUGUAAUCCCGUUCUUCAUGCAGUAGAAUAUCUUUUACUGUCAGCACCUGUUGUAAACGUUAGGCUGGAAGAACGGUUACAGUAUUUAGUGAUACUCUUUAGUUAUGUACUUUUGCACCAAUCAUGUUGUAGAAAUAUAAAGUUACGAAGGAGUUCAAAAUUAAACCCAAGGCAGAUACGCUAUCA